AUGCGUGCCUCCUUCAUCGUCGCCUCCCUCUCGGCCCUGGCUAUGGGUGCCACCGCCGCUGACUCCAGCUCCAGCUCUAGCGAGGGCAACCCUGCCACCCAGUACCUGACCGAGACCAACUCCCUGGGUGUUGUCACCGGCCAGCCCUCCGUCGUCACCUCUCAGCCUGCUGUUGUUACCAGCCAGCCCUCCGUCGUGACCUCCCAAGAGGCCGCUGCUUCCAUCCCCGCUGGCCUGUCGUCCCCCGUGGUUACUCCUGCCACCAACAGCGCCUCUGCUAGCGGCAGCUCUUCUGCCUCCAAGAGCGGCUUCACCUCUUCUGCCAAGACCACUGGCACCACUACUGAAACCACCACUGGCACUACCACUGGCACCAGCACCUCCACCGAGACUGGCUCGUCUUCCUCUUCCUCUGGCUCCUCCUCCAGCACUGCCUCCAGCUCCUCCUCCACCGGUGGUGCUGCCAUGGCUACCGCUGGAUCCAUGGGUCUGGCCGGUCUGGCUGCCCUGGCUGCUUUCGCUCUGUAA